UUGACAGCAAUGGCGCCUAAAACCCUCUCAUCUUUCCUCUCACCUUUCACCCUCCCCUACCACCUCACAAUCCCAAAAACCAAGCUUCUCAAUCUUCACUCGGAAUCCACUCUUAUAUUCUGCAGAUUUUCACAGCCACAAAAGACCCAUCAGAAAGCAACCGUUUCAGAGAACCAAUCAUUGGAUCCCCCACCCGAACCCGACGGCACCGGAGCGGCCGCACCGACCCCAGGCGACCGGUUCCUCGAACGACACCGUUCCUUUGAGGCUGCGAAGGUCUUACUCAAAGAGAAAAAGCAGAAGAAGAAAGAGAAGCCCGUUAAGGUUUCUACGAACGUCGCUUGUUGUUAUGGGUGUGGAGCUCCGUUACAGACUUCGGAGCCCGAUGCUCCGGGUUAUUCGGACCCCGAGACCUACGCAUUGAAGAAGAAACACCACCAGCUUAAAACCGUUAUAUGCGGAAGGUGCAAGCUUCUGUCUCAUGGGCACAUGAUAACUGCUGUUGGUGGGAAUGGGGGCUAUUCUGGCGGGAAACAGUUCAUUAUGGCUGAACAGCUUCGGGAGAAGCUGGCACACCUGCGCCAUGAGAGAGCAUUGAUAGUUAAAUUGGUUGAUAUUGUGGACUUCAAUGGUAGCUUUUUGGCUCGUGUGCGUGAUUUGGCUGGUGCAAAUCCUAUAAUAUUAGUGAUUACUAAGGUUGAUUUACUUCCCAAAGGGACUGAUUUUAAUUGUAUUGGUGAUUGGGUUGUAGAGGCCACUGCAAAGAAGAAGCUUAAUGUUAUAAGUGUUCAUCUUACAAGUUCAAAGUCUUUGGUUGGAGUAACUGGAGUUGCAUCAGAGAUCCAAAAGGAGAAGAAGGGGCGGGACGUUUAUGUUCUGGGCUCAGCAAAUGUUGGGAAAUCUGCAUUCAUCAGUGCUUUGCUGAAAAUGAUGGCAGAAAACGAUCCAGUUGCUGCAUCAGCGCAAAAGUACAAACCAAUACAAUCUGCAGUUCCGGGAACUACCUUAGGUCCAAUUCAAAUUAAUGCUUUCCUAGGAGGAGGGAAAUUAUAUGACACACCUGGAGUUCAUCUCCACCAUAGGCAAGCAGCAGUGGUUCAUUCAGAAGAUCUACCUGCCCUUGCUCCUCAAAGUCGGCUAAGGGGUCAAUCAUUUCCUGUAUGUUUAGUCAGCUUAGGGGGUUAUUCUUACCCUGUAUUUGUGUCCUCUGGAAAUGGAAUAGCAGGGAAUGACUAUUCCAAUGGUUUGAAUGGCUAUUCAAUAUUCUGGGGAGGUCUUGUCAGAGUAGAUGUCUUGAAGGUUCUCCCUGAAACACGAUUGACAUUUUACGGGCCAAAGAGUCUUCAGAUUCAUAUGGUACCUUCUGACAAGGCAGAUGAGUUUUACCAGAAAGAACUUGGAGUUCUGUUAACACCUCCAACUGGAAAACAAAGAGCAGAUGAAUGGAGAGGACUUGAAACUGAGCGUCAGUUGCAAAUAAAAUUUGAAGAUGUGGAAAGGCCGGCCUGUGAUGUGGCCAUAUCAGGUUUAGGAUGGAUCACUGUUGAACCCCUUUGCAAAUCAUCGACAAGUUCCGAUUCCAGAACGGAAGCAGCUGCAGGAGAGCUACAUUUAGCCGUGCAUGUCCCGAAGCCAGUCGAAAUAUUUGUUAGGCCCCCAUUGCCAGUGGGUAAGUCUGGAGCAGAAUGGUAUCAGUAUAGGGAGUUGACUGAAAAGGAAGAGGAAGUAAGACCAAAAUGGCAUUUUUGAUGCUUGUAAUUUUUCAUGUCUAUGACAAUUGACGUGUAUAUAUGCAAUCAAUUUUUGUUGUAAAA